AUGAGCUACUUUCGCAUCACCCUCGUUCGCUCCGCCAUCGGUCUCCCCCGCCGAACCACCGACGUCCUCAAGGCCCUGGGCCUCAAGAAGCGCAUGGCUACCGUCUUCCACGCCGUUUCUCCCUCUGUAGCCGGUCAGAUUAUGAAAGUCAAGGAGUUAGUCGAAGUCCAGGAGGUCGACAAGCGGUUAACGAAGCAAGAAGUACACCUCGAGCGCAAACCCGACCCGGGCUACUACAUCGAGAAGACCUCUGGUGUUGAGUACCACGAGAACAGACGCGCAUGA